GUAGGUCGAUGGGGAAGGCAGCGCGGCCCCCCCCCAGCGCGCGGGGAAGAGCAUCAAAGAGAAAGCGUUCGCGCCCCCGGUCGCACUAGUCUCGCCUCGGUCUCGGUUCACAAUUCUCUUUCUUGGUGCAAAGUUCCGGGCCUCGGCCCACAAUUCUC